CUACGAAACCAAUUCAUAUCAAGUUUUAAGCUCUUCCAAGUCUCUCCCAGAUUUUAUAUUUAGUUUUUCCCGCCUGAAGCAGCCUCCUCUUCCCUCUCUUUCACUCUCUUUCUUUGUAUUUACUCUUGCGAUGGCACCAAAGGCCGAGAAGAAGCCCGCUGAGAAGAAACCCGCGGCUGAGAAGCCGGCAGAGGAGAAGAAGACCGUAGCCGAGAAAGCUCCGGCCGAGAAGAAGCCAAAAGCGGAGAAGAGGCUACCGAAGGAGGGCGCCGCUUCCGGAGACAAGAAGAAGAAGAAGCGAGUGAAGAAGAACAGCGAGACAUACAAGAUCUACAUCUUCAAGGUGUUGAAACAGGUACAUCCUGACAUCGGUGUCUCAAGCAAGGCCAUGGGCAUCAUGAACAGUUUCAUCAACGAUAUCUUCGAAAAGCUCGCUCAGGAGGCCUCUAGGUUGGCCCGUUACAACAAGAAGCCCACCAUCACCUCUCGGGAGAUCCAGACUGCUGUUCGUCUUGUUCUUCCUGGCGAAUUGGCCAAGCAUGCCGUUUCCGAGGGCACCAAGGCAGUGACCAAGUUCACUAGUUCUUAAUUGCAGAUCAGUGUUUAGUCUCUUCCCUUUUCUAGGGCAGAAGAGCAAACUAAGUGUCUAAUACGUGGAAGAUUUAUGAUAUCUAGGCUUUCUUUCAAUUCACUGUUUCGUUGAACUGAUUUUUUUUUUUUUUCUUUUUUUCUUUUUUCUUGCUUGGAUUGUCCAGAUCCAUUAGUUACUGACUGUAAAUUAUGAAAUGAAGUCCUUAUUAGGUGUUCUUUAUUAUCA